UCUUAGUGCUUUUAGGGCGUGUUUUUAGCAGCUAGAAGCAUCCAGUGCUAGUGCAACAGAACCUGUGGCAAGUCGCGGCGCGUGGAUGACUCUCCCCACACUUGCUACUCCUCUACACCUCGUAGUAAAGAGUUACCUGGAAAGCAAUCAUCUGUUGUGGCUGUCAUCCUGGAGGAGAGUAAGAGAAGACCCCAGUGUGUACUAGGAGCUGGAGGCGAGGAUGUGGUCAGACAGCUCCCACGCGCAAGGCUUUCCUUCCAGCGGCCACACCUUCCCUCACAGCCCAGCUCUAGACCGCCUCUGCUUCCACUCCAGACUCGGUUGUGUCCUGGCCGGAGGAGGGGGGAGAGUUGGGUCCCAGACCUUGCCAGAGUACAUGGCCCAGCUCCAGGACCCACCUUCACUACCCACUACUACAGAAAUCUCCGCUGAGGCCGCCAUCUUCGUCGCCGUGAUCGUGGUGUUUUACGUGGCUAUCAUUGUCAUCCUCCUGGGAACGAACAUGCGACGUCCUCACUCUUCGUCGCCGCGGACUCGCCGUUCCCGAUCUCGGUCUCGUUCUCGGUCCCGACAUCGUCACCAAGUCGUUCUGGAUCCCCGCAACGGCGCCGUCAGCACCCAACACACCCAGAAGAAGAGGGAGACUGCGUCUUGCCCGGUGGAGGGAGCUGAGUUAUACGAAGAGCUUCAUGAGUGGAGGAAUUAGAGCUCUCCUCCUCUCCCUCGGAUCGAACCUGGUUAUCUCCUAUUCCCCAAGCGCUGUGCUGCUCUUAUGGAUUUAACGCUCCCCCUGGAAUACAACAGAGGAAAAAUCAUCCAAGGAAAGGUCAAAGAACAAAGAUGGGAAGAGGUCAAAUAAUAAAGAUUGGAACAUGUCAAAGAAUGUAGAUGGACAACAGAAGGUGGAAGAAUA